GCCAAGAAUUGCGACAAAAAAGGUUUUUUUUAUGAAUUUCCAAUUUACUGAUUUGGCAAUGCAUAUUCUUCGUUUCUUGUCAGGUGUUAUGUUUCCCAAGUUCAUCAUGACAGUGUUGUUUGUGAUUCUCAGUCACCCUCCGAUGCAAGUCACUCUGGCCUCUGUCAUGCAGUGCAAAGACGUAACCCGCUCCAUUCCAGAUCGUGUUUUAGCAGGUCACGUGUUUCUUACCAAACCAGCUCCAGGUAUUGCAACUUGCGUGAUGCUGUGCGACGAGCAUCGUCCCUUGUGUGAAAGCAUAAACUAUUACCAGAAUACAAAGGUUUGUGAAUUAAAUAACAAGACAGCAGAUUCUAACCCAAAGGACAUCAAGGAUCAUGAAUGGGCAAUCUACAUGACCAACGGGGUGCGACUCCUCUCUUGUAAUGACUUAGACUUCCAAUGUGGAGGACAGACAGACAUCUGUCAAAUUAAGCCGAGCGGCAACAAGUGCAAAGAUUGCGCCGAGCCUUUAGGUAUGGAAAAUGGAAAGAUUCCAGAUUCUGCCCUAACUGCAUCGUCUUUCACUCGUAAUGGCCUUGAUCCCCGAUACGCCCGCUUACACUCAGCUACUUCGUGGUCUGCAGGCAUCAAUAAUCGUAGCCAGUGGCUGCAAGUUGACCUUGGAAUGGAGACAGCAAUCAAGAAAAUAGCUACUCAGUCAAAGCAUGACUCCUUGCAUAGGGUGACAACUUAUGAAAUUUUGUCUCUUGGUGAUGGAGGAGAAUGGGAGCCAUACCUGGAGAACAACUCCGUGAAAGUGAGUCCUAAAUUUAUGAAGGACUCGUGGCACAUAUUAAUCUAGUAAAUGACCUAAAUCCCGGUCAUGAUAAGUUUAGCCACUUCAUCUACUGGUCUACCGAAGAUUUUGUCGCUUCCAUCUAUCUGAAUCUAA